AUCUGUUUUUUGUGCAUCGCACAUGACGUCAAUUUUAACAAAACAAUGGCCGAGUUCCAAUGGCCAUGGGAGUACACAUUCCCUCCAUUCUUCACUUUGCAACCGCAUGAAGAAACACGCCGGCAACAGCUGAAGGUGUGGACAGACCUCUUUCUGAAAUACCUCAAACAUGUAAAUAGGUUUACAAUUGGUAUUAACGAUCAAAACUUGCCACUAUUUUGUAAUGAAUCUAUAAAUCGACGGUUGUCGCCUGAGCUAAUACUGCUCAUACUGGAGCAGUUGCAACAAAGCGGACAUGCUGCCCCACUGGACAAACGACGCCAGGAGUGGCAAGUGUAUUCGUACACAUUGGAAGAGUACGGCAAUAUGGUCUAUGAUUGGAUACAAGAGACUGGACAAACGAAUAGUAUUUGUACUCUCUACGAGCUAGUCGCCGGCGAAAAUAGCACUCAGACGGAGUUUCAUAAUAUGGACGAAGCCGUAUUGCUAAACGCUUUGCGGCUGCUCGAAGAGAAGGGCAAAUGUGAACUUAUUGAAAUGGACGGCAGCCAUGGAGUUAAAUUUUUCUGAAAAAUAUAUUUAUAAUUGUGUUUGAUGUAUGCAUA